GUAACGUUGUGACUUGAAUUAUACCGUGUUCCGAGAAUGAAAAUGUAAGAAAUUAAAUUCCGCUGGUGAAUAGUGUCGAUGUUCACCAGAUGCAAAUAACAUGGGAACUAUUACACGGUUAAAUAUUAUAUCAUGUUUAUUUACAUUCAGUAAUGGUUCCAUUGACAUUGAUUACGAUGCAUUAUGUGUAUUCCUGAGUUUUAAAAAAAAAAAUUUAAAUUUUACAGCGAAAAAAAGAAGAAAAAUGAGCCUUCAUCUUUAAGUCAACAUGCAAGGUUAGCGAUUGAGACUACAAUCUGAGCAAUCAUGAGUACGACAAUCAAUUAUAAGAUACGUCAGUGUUCAAAGUGUACCAGGAACACAGAGUACUUUUGUAAAUCGUGUCCUUGUGAUCUGUGUCGACAAUGCACCGAAAACCAUAUACACGAUCUCACAACAAUAGACCACGAUGUUGUGGUAUACCGUAAUACAUUGAACUUCAUCCCAAAUCAAAACUCAUGUGUGACACAUGGUAGUAUUAGCUAUGGGUUGUACUGUAAAAACUGCCAAACACCAGUCUGUUUAUUUUGCUUGGAGCAUAAAGAACACAGAUUACUAGAUGUCAAAACAGAAUAUGAAUCGAAGCAAAAGCACCUCAAAGAAAUAAUUCACACCAUUAAAAGUGUAACUUUGUUUCAGAGAUCUGCUCUAAAAACAAAAAUCACUGCUGAUUUAAAAACGUGUCACACAGAAUUUACAGAAAAAAUGUUAAGAAAAGCCACGACAACGAAGGAUUUUAUUGAUUAUGUGCAAUUUGAUCUCAUGAAUAAUGUGUUAAGUGUUUUCGACACCAAACACAGAUGUUUGAAACAAACGAUUGAAAUGAGCAUAAAUCUUGCUAGGAUACAAAGUUAUGAAAACAUGCACGUACAGUCUGCAAUGAAACCAAUUCACUUCCUUUUGUCCAAAAACAAACAUCCUCGCACCAAGACUUUUAAAAACCACACCAGCAAACUUUUAAUGAGUCAGGCAAUCAACAAAGAGAUGGUGACACUGUUAUUGACUGAAAUUGAAGUCAAACAGGGGGGAAAACGACGCCGACGCGUAGUAAAUGAGGAUCUGCUUAAACUAAUGCCUAGCCCUGAGAUUCACCAAUCUCUCACCGUUACAGAUGUUGAUUGUUGUUAUCACAUGUCCCCUGUGACAUCGAACCUGUUUUGGGUCAGCUAUAUCUUUAAACUCAUAUUGACGGACGUGUCUGGUGAAACAUUUUAUUGUCGAAAAGAUCUUUAUAGAGAUCAGUUCAUUCAUAAAUCAUUUUUUUAUGGAUCACAUACGGUGAAUAAAGAUGGUGAUCUUUUUUUCAUAGAUAGGGAGUUGGAUAUUAUCAAACUAUCCAAGGAUAGGAAAACAAUGAAAAUAUUCCUUAAGUGGAAUUACUCAACUAGGAGACCAUAUUGUGUGUACUUCUCCGCGUUUACGGGUGAUUUGCUGGUCGGUGUGUAUGACAGAAAAUCCAAAAUAGGAGAAGUAAACCGGUACAAUCAUCAGACCGGGCAAAAUACACUUACAUUUAAAUACGAAAACUUAGAUUGUAUACCUCACUAUAUAACGGAAAAUAACAAUGGGGAUGUUGUUGUUUCUGACGUUGCGUUGAUUGCAGCGACCGAUCGUCAAGGAAGGCCUCGUUUCCACUACACAGGAUGUCCAUCAGGACCAGGAUUACAUACACUAGGACUAUCUACCGACGCUCUUUCACACAUAUUAGUGUGUGAUGGCAACACCCACACGGUACAGAUGAUAGAUAAAGAUGGCCAGUUUUUGUCACAUCUACUGAUAAGACCAUUUGGAAUAUUUGAACCAUGCAGUCUAAGUUAUGAUGCCAACACUCACCGUCUAUGGGUCGGAUCAUUCCAGAACAGCAAAGUUUGUGUCUACAAGUAUAUUACCCGGAAGAUCGCUCUUAAUGAUGAAGAAUGUGAAUUGGAUGUUAUGUUUGGCUCAACGCCAGAAGUGUUAACCAAAACAAUACUCUGUGAUACCAACUCAGUGGGAUCUCUGAAAACGAACCACACCACAGAUGAAGACACUAUACAAAUAGUUCGCUUCAAUCACUUGAUCUCAGUCACAGGUAUUUACAGCUGCUAUCACAUUUCCUUUGUUCAGCCAAACAUGAUGUGGGUCAGUGAUACAAACAAUCUUAUCUUGACAAACAACACAGGUGAAAUUGAGCAUCAUAUAGCUGAUCUUAGCAGUAGUUACAAUGGAUCACACACAGUGAACAGUGAGAGUGAAUUGAUUUAUAUAAGUGGUGAUGGUAAUAUUAAAAAGCUGUCAAAAGAUAUGAAAACAACAACCACAUUUAUAGAACAAUCAGAACCAAAGAAAUCGACACCACAGUGUGUAUACUGGUCCUCUUCAACUGAAGAACUACUUAUCGGUAUGCGUUGCAAGGUUUCCAGGUUCAACAUGAAUGGUCAACUGACACAGACAGUGCAAUAUGACAAAACAGGAAAACUCGAAAUAUAUUGUAAUCCUAAUUAUAUAACAGAAAACAAUAAUGGGGAUAUUGUGGUGUCAGACUUUGGAGCUGUAGUGGUGACAAACAGUUUAGGAGAACAUCGUUUCUCUUACACGGGGCAUCCAUCAGGAUCAGGACUCGACCCUUGUGGAAUCUGCACUGACGCACUUUUACACAUCCUUUUGUGUGAUGCUGCAACAAAAACUGUACAUAUGCUGAAUAAAGACGGCAAAUUCUUGUCUCAUUUACUGGCAUUAAGAGAACAAAUGGACUCACCGUUUAGUCUUAGUUACGACGUCAACACAAACCAUCUCUACGUUGGAUCAGACUCACAUAAUAAUAAUACGGUGCAUGUCUACAAAUAUAUUACCGAACAGGAUGAAGAAAAUGAAUUGGAUGUUAUGUUUGGCUCAACUCCAGAAGUGUUAACCAAAAACAACUCUAAUGUGAAAAAAGAAAAAGUCACCGGGAAACCAUUCAGAAGAAUUGAAGAGGGAGGAUGGGGCAAAAUAUGAACAUUUUCAAAGGAGUAUUCGAUAAUAAAACGUAGUCAGAUAAACGGCAACAAAUAAAAUAUGAAACAGGCAUGCGAGAAAAUUUAUUCAAAUGUCAAUUAAACCCUGUUUAUUAUGAGAUCUGAUUAUGGACAUAAUUUGUUGAACUUACUUAAAAAAUUUCAGCGUUUAACUCGCAAUGAAAUUGUGAUAUUUUUUUGAGGAUUUGCUUUAUUAGGAAUUGUAUAUGCUGUUUCAAUAAUUACUUUCCUAACAAUGACAACAUUAAAGAUUUCAGCAUUACACUAUAAAUUAGAUUGGGAUAUGACAGAGAAAAGUAACCGUAACACGUACAUUUGGGAUAUAUAUAUAUAUAUAUAUAUAUAUAUAUAUAUAUAUAUAUAUAUAUAUAUAUAUAUAUAUAUAUAUAGACCAAUGUUUGCGAAGCGUAAUAAAUCAUUUCAACAAGUUUGAUACAAUAAGAUUAGAAUCACACAAUUUUUAUAUGUUUUAUUUAUCUCAUACCACUUGAUUUAUAUUAUAAAGUUAUUAGCAAUUAUUCUGACCAUGUGCAAUACAAUAUAGUUUGGCAUUUCAGAGAUAAAUAUAGCGGUAAUAUAAUAAAAUUUCCCUGAAAAAGACCUUGUAAUACACAAGGGUGUUAAGGAAGAUAUAUAAUCUGAGUUGCUUGUCAUUCCGUGAAAUCACAAAUCUUAUUCAUUAUAUAUGUACAUAUUCAAAUAUUUAAGCAAUAAAACGUAGAACAAAAAAAAACAGUACUGACUACAUUUUUUUUACUUCAAAUAAGAUUGUAUUACGUAGAUUUACACGCUGAUAACGUUA